AGUGGGAGGGGCUCGCUGAGUAGCGAGUAUAGCUCUAAAAUGGAACACACACUCACAAACACCUGCUGUACGAUGGGCAUCUGGAACCGAGCUGUUAUCUGCCUGAUCCUCCUGCUGACCACACCUGCUGUGAUCAGACCGGUCAUUACAGACCAGACGAUACCAGACAUUACAGAUCAAAAUUUCAUUAAUGACUGCGUAGGAGAACACAACCAAGGCAGGUCCAACGUUAACCCACCAGCCAGCAACAUGCGAUACAUGUCAUGGGAUGAAGGGCUGGCAGUCACUGCGAGAGCCUGGGCAAGAAACUGCCUCUUUGUGCACAAUAUUUACCUGAGAGACAGUAGCAAGGUCCACCCAGUCUUCAAAUCUGUUGGGGAGAAUCUUUGGGCUGGGACGUGGUUUAGAGUGAAGGAUGCAAUCCAUGCCUGGGUUAAUGAAUUACAACAUUACACCUAUGAAACGAUGAGCUGCAGCAAAGUCUGUGGCCACUACACACAGGUUGUUUGGGGGAACUCCUAUAAAGUCGGCUGUGCUGUCCAGUUCUGUCCGAAAGGAAUCAAAGAAACAACGUUCUCCCACAAGCCAGGAUACAUUUUUGUGUGUAACUAUGCUACAGCCGGAAACUACAGAGGUCAGAAGCCAUACAUCACAGGAAGCCCUUGCAGCAAUUGUAGUGGAGAAAAGUGUGAAAAUAAACUCUGCCGGAACUCAACUCGUGAUGCACUGAAACGUUAUAACUGGACUCCAAGCUGGGACCCAGCUCUGUCAGAGUGUGGAUCUUUUUGUAAGGCUGUUCUGAUCACCCGGCCUGUUUCUCUGCUCAUCAUCUUUAUCUCUGUUUACUGUAUUCAGCAUUACUACCCAAACCUCUUUGCCUACACUUCCUAAAAAAGGGAAUAUGACAACUUGGUGAAUUUAGGACAUGUGUCUGGAAUAGCAUUCAUGUUAACCAAUCACUGCUAUUUGAUACCCUUACUAUGUACCUUCUACUUGUCCUUCUCCUGAGUAACUCAGAAACUCCCUCCAGAAUAAAUUCCAGUUUAUUUUGUUAA